AUGCCUGCCCCCCUCCACCCUGUCCUCAAGAAUGGUGUCGGUGCAUUCAUCCCUCAGUGCCGUCGUCUCGUCUUCCAUUACUGCGAACGCAGCGGUAGCUCCCGCGGCAUGAUUGAAUAUCUUAAGAAAGACCUUAUCCAAUUCGCAAAAGAGCAUCCUCACGUCGAAGUCAUUGUCACACCAAGACCAUCAAAGCACCCCGUCAUCCGCGGUCUCUACCUCAAUGGAAAGGACAAGGUUGUGUGUGUACGCAACAUGGAACCAACGGAUAUUGCAGGCAAGGUUGCGUUGUUGAAAGAGUCUGCUGGCAACCGGAUGAAGGUGUUCAAGAAGCCCGUCAUCUCGACCACAGAGUCUGUCAGGGGUAUCUGGUCUCCCUUCCACGCCACCCCGCACAAGAUCUAA